GAAAGAGGUGCUAAAUUUUGCGAGCAGUGGAUUCGUCAAACCGCGCAAACAGAGAGAAAUUGGAGUAAGGCCCCGCGGGGGAAAACCAAUAUUUUCUGGAUUCUUGUGCCAGUUUCAGUGCGGUCAACACCGGUCAUGAGGCAGCAGCGAAUGGAAACGGUAACUUCUGGUGGACUUGUUAAUGUUUAAGAAAGUUACCUGGCACCAAAGGGGGUUAAAGUAACCGCCAAGAGUAAAGCGCAAAAAAAAACGAUCUUCUUCCCUGUUGGUACUGCUUUGCUUAUCUUGCGAAAACAUUGCGGAUAGUUGACGUACCGGAAACCAUGGCUACAGCAACGGCUACCACGUCAACAGCAACAGCUAACAAUCAGCAAGAGCUGCAAAACUACGACGACGAUGAUGAGUUUCAAGAUGCCUGUGACAGCGAAUCCUCCAAUGCCUGCGGUAUGGAUCUGGACACGGCGUUGGCGGAAGCGAAGAUUGCGGUCGAUCUCUUCUUCAAUAAUAAAUUCAACGACGCGGAAGCUCUGAUGAAACCCAUGGCUACAUCAAGCAUGUACCAUUCGGUGGGCCACAGUGUCUUCACGUACUUGGAAGCGAUGCUCACAUUCGAGCAGCAGCACAUAGCGGCCGCAUCGGAAGCGUUGAAACAGUGUCUGAGCGUAUGUAAUCGCUACCGAAAAAAGAACACUCUCACGGAGACCAUCGGCAAGACCUUCAAGAAGGUGAACUACGACCAGUACACGGACCUGGAGGCGCACGCCGAACUUUGCUCGGCCGAGGCGCUUCUGCUGAAGGCGAUGCUGACGUUCAUCGAAGACGAAACGCUGACGAGUCUGAUCAAGGGUGGCAUGAAGAUUAGAAAUUGCUUUGCUAUGUACAAAGAGUGCAAUAACAUUUUGAACCACCGACAGUGGCAAUCGGAAAGCUCCAAGCUACACUUUGAAAGCGGCGUCCGAAUGGGGCUGGGGACUUUUAAUCUUAUGAUAUCGCUACUUCCGGCUAGGAUAAUCAAGCUGCUCGAGUUCAUCGGGUUCUCCGGGAACAAGCAAUCGGGAAUGCAAGAUUUGAUUACCGGCUCGCAAAGCGAAGGCAUCCGGCAGGUGCUUUGCGUAAUGACGCUGCUCGGGUACAACCUCAUCGUGUGCUACGUGCUGAGCCACAAGGAGGGCGAUUUACGCUUCUGUGAUGAACUGCUGAUGAAGCAGUUGAAACUCUACCCGAACGGUGUGUGGUUCCUGUUCUUCAAGGGCCGACUGGAGUUCAUGAAAGGCAACCUGGACGAGGCCUUGAUGUGGUACAAGAAGUCGUGGAAGUCGCAAACUAUUUGGCCGCAGUUUCAUCAUCUGUGCUUUUGGGAGCUGCUAUGGGUUAACUGCUUACGGUUAGACUGGCGUGAAUCGCUUCUUUUCGCGACGUACCUGGUCGAGAGCAGCAAGUGGUCGCGCACGAUCUACACAUAUCAGAAGGCGUCGAUCAUGUGCAUGCUUAAGCCGGAAGAACUACACUCGAGCGAGGUGCGAACGAUCGCGAACCUGAUGAAGGAGGUGCCGAAGUACAAGCAGCGGAUAGCGGGAAAAUCGUUGCCGAUGGAGAAGUUCGCGUGCAAGAAGACUGAACGAUUUUUCGCCCAGCAAUCGUUCUUGUACGUGCCAGCCCUUGAGCUGAUGUACGUGUGGAAUCUUUUCAAAAUAUUGGGAAAGCAUUUCCACCUGGCGGACGGCGUUUACCGGAUUGUGGAGAACAAUCUCAAGCAUUACGAGGAGCGCGCGAACUCGAAAUCGAACCCAACGUACGGGGUAUACGGGGCCGAUAACAAGGCACUGCUCAUGCUGCUGAAAGGUGCCUGUUUGCGUCAGAUGAACAGUCCCCUGCAGGCAACUCGAUGCCUAGAGGAAGUGAUUGCCAUGUACAAAGACCUUAAAGAAGACCACUACCUGGUGCCGUACGCAAUUGUCGAGCUAGCGCUUAUCUUCAUCGAUGAAGGCAAUAAAGAUAAAGCUAUACUAGCUCUGGAGGACGCCCGGAAAAACUACAGCGGUUACUCUCUCGAAUCUCGGCUGCACUUCCGGAUACAUACGGCGUUGCUGGAUUUAAAGGGCAAAAGUUACGAGAGCUUACCAGCUGGCGCCGAAUGAACGGCACGACCGACGGCUGUGCAUUGCCUCGAACAUACCAAAACUCUUCAACGAUAUGUAUGACAACAGCGAAAACAAAAUGACCAACGAAACGUUGUACGAAACAAAAUGUACAACGAAAAGCUAUGAACGGGAUCGGAGAUCUGCCUCGGGCUCCGUAACAAACCCACAGCUACCCAUGAAACCAAGAAUAGGCGAUAAGAUGGAGGCAUGUGAGCGAAAACUAGUAACAUCUGCGUCCUAGGGGGAUUACUUUCCUAGUCAUGAUGUAGCGUAGAUGUAUCCACCUUGUUUUGCUUUAAAAAAUUCCACGCGAGCACACACGUCCAAAUAGUUUGAUGCAAGCACCAUAACGUAUACCAAGGAAUGGGGUCUAAAUAAGGCGUAGGUUGGGACAGGCGUUUUAUUAUUUGUAUCGUUUUACGGUUACCGAAUACCGGUGAAACCUCGGCUAGAAAAAAGUUAUAUUUCGCGGGUUGAAAAGAUAUUUUAAUAGUUCCAACUAUAACAAAAACCCAAAAGUUCCGGACUUUGUUGAUACUCUUAUUUGGUAAGAUGGGAUAAAAGUAAUAGAAAAUGGCAAAAUGUACUGCAAAUUGUAUGUAUGAAAAACGAACUUAAUAAAUGCGAAAAUGUGGUGAGCCACUUUC